UGGCUUGUUGCCUUCCGUUUUCUUUUUCUGUGUGCUAAGUAGCUGCAUUGUUUGUUGCAGUAUAUGCAUUAGCUAUCUGUGUUCAGUUUCCUGCAGGCUGACAAAGUGGGCGGGGCUUUCUUUGAUACAUGGCUGAGUUUUCACUGUGUGAGUUCUUGAGUGCACGUUGCAGCCAUCUUAAUUACACUUUUGUGCAACUGAGACUGUGCAGCUGUCUCAAAAUGGCUGCUAACCCAAUCUCUGAGGCUGCUUAGGCAGCAGAUCUGCCAGUGAAGAGACUUGUCACAUGCAUCAGGAUCUGAGAUUCAAAAUGGAUAGUAUAGAAGAACCCCAGAAAAAAGUCUUCAAGGCUCGAAAAACAAUGAGAGUGAGUGACCGUCAGCAGCUCGAAGCUGUGUACAAGGUGAAGGAAGAGCUGCUGAAAACUGACUCGAAGCUCUUAAAUGGGAACCAUGAAAAUGGAGAUUUGGAGCCCACUUCCCCUUUGCAAAACAGAGAUUGUCCUCAAGACAGAGAAGUGAAUGGCAUUGAGGGAAUUGGUUUUGAGCCUGAAGAAAGUAAAACAGAGUUGAAAGAAACACCUUGUGUCCCCAGCGUUAGUGUAAAAAACAAGCAAGAAGAGGAUUCAAACAGUGAAUCUUUGUCUCCUAGUGUAACUUCUGAGCUUGCUUCUAAACCAGCCACUGAGCCAGCCUCUGGCACCCCAGCCUCUGGCACCCCAGCCUCUGGCACCCCAGCCUUUGUUACCCCAGCCUCUGGUGAUCUGACCGCAGGAGAGCUGCCUGCUGGAGUGCCAGCCACUGGCGACUCUCCCUGUGUGGAGUCCCCCUCUAGUGAUUCCUCCUCCCAUGAUCCCACCCAUAGUGAUCCCACCUCUGCAGAUACUGCUUCUGAAGAACCUGCCUCUGCUGAUCUUGCCUCUGGUGAAACACUGUCUGGUGAAGCACUGUCUGAUGAAGCAGUUUCAAGUGAACCACUGCCUGGUGAACUGUUGUCUGAUGGAGCAGUUUCAGGUGAAACAGUUUCGGAUGAACCAGUUGCUGGUGUGGCGACAUCUUGUGACCUGGCCUCUGGGGAAGCUUCUGAUAAUAUUGUCCCCUCUGGUGACUUGCCUUCUGAUACCCUGCCUUCUAGUGAUGAGUCUUCUGGUGGUCCUGCCUGUAGCAGACUGGCUUCUGGUGAGAUGAUUGUGGAAUCAGCCACUGAUACCUUUAAGCCAAGUUCUGUGCCAGUUUGUGAACCAAGUCCUGAAACUGACAAGACAGAGCAGAGUAGCAAUAACAAUGAUGAUUGUUCAGAAAAAAAUGAAGACGAUGAAAACUUAGACCAAAUUCAAAGUAAAGACUCAUUUGAUGAGGAGGAGAAAACUAACGGUAAUGUUGGUGAGAAGGAAGAAAGUCUAGACACACAUAGUGCAAUUAUUUGUUCUGAUCUACCUCCAGAAAAUACGAAGAAGGUAGAGGAAGAGCCCACUGCUGAGCUUGCUCUUGGAGAAGAAGCCAUCUCCAGCAGUAUGGAAGUUGACCAAAGUGAAAAGGAUGAGCACAAAAGUCCUACAGAACUUGUAGAAGCUGUCAGCAACAAUGCCACAGAAGACAAGAAGGAGACUGUUUUAGACAACACGGACUCCAUGGAAACAGAUGAGAUCAUUCCUAUUCUGGAAAAACUUGCACCCGCGGAAGAGGAGGAACUUACUUGCUUUUCAAAGACUUCCCUACUUCCGGUUGAGACAAGUCAAGAUUUGGAAGAGAAAAUGGAGGGUUCUUUUGGCUCUCCAUCAAAACAAGAAAGUAGUGAGAAUUUGCCAAAAGAAGCCUUUUUGGUCCUCUCUGAUGAAGAGGAUAUUUCAUGUGGAAAAGAUGAGUCUGAAGUUAUAUCACAAGAUAAGACGAGCUCUCCAGAAGUAGAAAGGACUGAAAAGGACAGCAAAGCUGAGGAAGAGGAGCGAGUGCCAGAUGAGGAGCGGCCACCUGUGAGAAAUGAAUUUUCCAGACGGAAACGUUCUAAAUCAGAAGACAUGGACAAUGUGCAGUCCAAACGUCGGCGCUAUAUCGAGGAAGAAUACGAGGCAGAGUUUCAAGUCAAGAUUACAGCCAAAGGAGACAUUAACCGGAAGCUUCAGAAGGUCAUACAGUGGUUACUAGAAGAGAAGUUGUGUGCUCUACAGUGUGCUGUGUUUGAUAAGACUUUGGCAGAAUUGAAAACACGAGUGGAAAAGAUAGAAUGCAACAAAAGACACAAAGCAGUUCUCACCGAACUACAGGCCAAAAUAGCCAGAUUAACCAAACGUUUUGGAGCAGCCAAAGACGAUCUUAAGAAAAGACAAGAAAGCCCUCCAAACCCACCUACAUCACCAGGAAAGCCUGCCAGUGAUGCCAGCAGCAAUAACAAUGUGACCUAUAGAAAUGCAGGCACAGUACGGCAGAUGCUGGAGUCCAAAAGAAAUGUUAGCGAGGGUCCACCACCAUCCUUUCAAACUCCUGUGAAUACAGUGUCUUCAGCCAGUCUUGUCCCUCCUCCAGCAGUCGUCAGUAGUCAGCCUAAGCUGCAGCCUUCAGCAAGCUCGGGUUCUCUGCCGGCAGCCUCUCUUCUUCCCGCUCCCAGCACAGCCACAGUAGUUGCCACUACUCAGGUGCCUAGUGGAAAUCCUCAGCCUACAAUCUCCCUGCAGCCCCUGCCAGUGAUUCUGCAUGUCCCCGUUGCCGUGACCUCUCAGCCUCAGCUCCUACAAAGCCAUCCAGGGACUAUCGUGACGAAUCAACCGUCUGGCAGCGUUGAAUUCAUAUCUGUGCAAAGCCCACCGACAGUGAGUGGGCUUACCAAAAAUCCAAUAUCCUUGCCACCCUUGCCAAACCCCACUAAACCAAACAUUCCAUCAGUGCCCAGUCCUAGUAUUCAGAGGAACUCUUCUGCCACUGCUGCACCCUUGGGGACAACGCUGGCUGUACAGGCCGUCCCGACUGCACAUUCUAUUGUGCAGGCCACAAGGACUUCUUUACCCCCGGUAGGCCCAUCAGGACUGUAUAGCUCAUCAAACAAUCCCCGAGGCCCAAUACAGAUGAAAAUCCCAGUAUCUGCUUUUAGCACUUCAUCUUCUGCAGAACAAAAUAGCUCUGCCACCCCAAGAACUGAAAACCAGACAAACAAAACAGUAGAUUCUUCUGUUAAGAAAGUGGCAGAUAGCACAUCGCAGAGUGGGAAAGCUUCUAGCAAUGAUUCAAGUGGUGUCAUUGACCUCACAAUGGACGAUGAAGAGAGUGGAACUACACAAGCAGAUCCCAAAAAGCUAAGUCAGCCGCCUGCGCCAACUAUGAGCACUUCUCAGCCCAUAUCUCGACCGUUGCAGCCCAUUCAGCCAGCACCACCUGCUCAGCCAUCUGGGGUGCCGACAAGUGGGCCAUCUCAGACAACUAUCCACUUACUGCCCACAGCUCCAACCACCGUGAAUGUAACACAUCGACCAGUAACUCAGGUGACCACAAGACUCCCUGUACCAAGAGCUCCUGCAAACCACCAGGUGGUUUAUACAACUGUCCCAGCACCACCAGCUCAGGCUCCACUACGAGGGACUGUUAUGCAGGCUCCUGCUGUCCGCCAGGUCAACCCUCAAAACAGUGUUACAGUUCGAGUGCCUCAGACAACCACGUAUGUUGUAAACAACGGGCUGACCCUGGGAUCAGCAGGGCCUCAGCUCACGGUGCAUCACCGGCCGCCACAAGUGCACACUGUAAAUGAGCCCCCACGUCCCAUGCACCCAGCACCUUUACCUGAAGCCCCGCAGCCACAGCGUCUGCCCCCAGAAGCUGCCAGCACUUCUCUGCCUCAGAAACCACACUUGAAGUUGGCACGAGUUCAGAGUCAGAACGGCAUCGUGCUGUCCUGGAGUGUCCUGGAGGUGGACCGAAGCUGUGCCGCUGUUGACAGCUACCAUCUCUAUGCUUACCAUGAGGAACCCAGUGCCACUGUGCCCUCUCAGUGGAAGAAGAUUGGCGAAGUCAAAGCCCUCCCCUUACCCAUGGCUUGCACUCUCACUCAGUUUGUGUCUGGCAGCAAGUACUACUUUGCAGUGCGCGCCAAGGACAUUUAUGGCCGUUUUGGGCCUUUCUGUGACCCUCAGUCCACGGACGUGAUCUCUUCCUCCCAGAACAGUUAGACCUUGGAGCCUUUAGCUUCCUCUUUUCAAAGUUCCACAUUUUGGGCUUGUUUUUAAUCUUGUGCAUGAAAUUCAAUGUAAAAUCCACCUUGUGCAAGAUCUCUUGGACAGAUGAGUGUACACACUACGUUUGUUUAUAACUGAAGUAUAAUAAAUUCAGCCCAUAAAGCAAGUCUUCCCCUGAACAAGUCAAGUUUCAGGGUUUUGAAAUGUAAAUUGAUCCUUGCUUUAGUUUUGAGGCUGGGGAAUACGUA